AUGAAAUUCCUGCUCGCCUUGAUCGCGAUAUGGGUUCGCCCACUGGCCGUGUCUGCGCAGUCCAGCUGCAGAUGUGUACGUGUCCCAACCGUCCCCGUCUGCAAGUCACCAGCUGAUCAGGAGCAGACGCCAGCGAGCACCUGCUGGAGCGAGCUUGAUUGGGCUGCCCUGAAUGCAACGGUGUCAGGCAAGCUCAUUCGCAACACCCCGCCCGCGGCCUCAUGCUACCCUGGUCCGGAGUAUAACAAGGAUGACUGCGCCCGUGUGGGCUUGCAAUGGUCCAACACCACCUUCCAGUCCGAGCAGCCCGUCGGAUAUUGUUACCCCAUUGAUAACAAUUGCCCUAUUACAAAUGUGACGGGGCGGGCAAAAUGUGUCUUGGGCCCGUCGCCUGUGUACUCCAUCAAUGCCACCGAGCCUGAGGAACUGGUUGCUGGCAUAGCGUUUGCGCGAGAGAACGAUGUGCGUCUGGUCAUUCGAAAUACUGGCCAUGACCUGCUUGGGAAGUCUGCCGGAUAUGGAUCACUGCAGAUAUGGGUGAGGUAUCUGCGCAAAGGUAUUGAGUAUCAAGGUAGUUUCAAGCCAUCCAGAUCCUGUCCGCUGAGCGACUGGACGGGAUCUGCGUUCACUGUCGCUGGUGGCUAUGUUUGGGACGAGCUCUACCAAGAAGCAUUUGCUCGCAACCUCAUAGUCGUCGGUGGCGGAGACCCGACAGUCAGCGUCAUUGGCGGCUACAUCCAAGGAGGCGGCCACUCUCCCGCGACGCACGAUUUCGGCUUAGCCAGUGAUCAGGUCCUGGAGGCAACGGUCAUCCUCGCCGAUGGAUCUAUCGUUGUCGCCAGUCCGUGCACCAACCCUGACCUCUUCACUGCCCUUCGGGGCGGAGGUGGAGGCACCUACGGUGUGGUCAUCUCUAUUACCAUCAAGGCCUUUCCUUCGAAGCCGGUUGUAGCGCACUCGUUGGUCAUAGUACCCGAGUCGACCGCUGACCUGGAGCCCAUGCUUGAUGCUAUCGCUGACAUGUAUGCCUCGUAUCCUGCUCUCUCCGAUGCUGGCUUUUCAGGCUACGGCUCAUGGUCCCUCAAUGACCCGAUGACCACGUACGGGAAUUCAACCGCCGGCUAUCAACAUGCCUUUGCUGCGCUCGACAAGUCGCUUCCAGAUGCCAAGGCAGACUUGCAGCCCCUUUUCGAUAGAUUAAUGGCGUACGACUCCCUCAACAUCUCCUUGCGAUGGUUCCAGUUCCCUACAUAUGCAGCGUACUACCGCGCCAUGUCCGGGGUUCACCAAGAGACCGGAGUCGCGGAGUCUGCCCUUGCGUCUCGGAUGUUUGACAAGGGCGCUUUGACUUCGAACCAUGGGCAACUCAGGGGAAUGAUCGAGACCGUGGCGGGAAGUCCGAUAGAGGCCACCACGAACCAGGUCCUUCUAGUCGGGGGAGGCAAGGUCCUCAAUGACCCAGGAUACAGCGGUGCCAACCCGGCCUGGCGAAAGACGUACCUUGUCCACAUUGUCGCCCGGGGUUGGCUCGAGGAGCUCGGCCCAGAGUUCGCUGCAGCAGUCAAGACGGAUAUCACCUACAACAAAUACAACGCCAUGCGAACAUGGACGCCGUCGAUGGGUGGAUAUCUGAAUGAGGCGGACCGGAAUAACCCUUGGUGGAGAGAGGAUCUGUAUGGCGCAGACAAUUAUGAACGACUGCUCCGAAUCAAGAACAAGUACGAUCCAGAUGGGAUCUUCUACUGCCCACAGUGUGUGGGAAGCUCGAAUUGGUACCAGCAAAUGUUGCCGGAGGAGGAAUACGGGCCUCUUUGUGCGAGAUAG